GGGUCUGGUCCCCUCUCUUUCUAUCUACCCGCCCAUAUCGUUCUAGACUAGUUUCUUCUCAGUUAAUCGGAAAUCAGAGACCACCGUGCCUUUGAUCCGAUGUGCAGUGCUUCAAUACUUCAUCGUCCGGUCGUUCCGGUUCCGUCUCUGGUGAUCUUCACAGCUCAAUCCAACCAGAAACGUUUUGCUUAUUCUACACCUUUCAAGCACCCAUCUUUUCGUUUCGGCUUCUCUUCUCUCCAGAAAAAGUUCGUAGUUUCGGCUGCGAAGGAACAGCAGCUUCCGGAUUUAAAGCCUAAGGAACCAGGAAAUGGGAAGGUGUCAUUACCAGAAAAGGGUGGUGGUGAAGGAAAUGAUUUAGGAUGGUUACCUGCUUUUCCUCACGUGUUGAUUGCGUCUAUGUCCAAUUUCCUCUUUGGUUAUCACAUUGGGUAACUCUAUAAACUCUCUCUCUCUCUCUCUCUCUCUCUCCCCUCUCCCCGUGUGUGUGCAUAUAUGUUGUAGUAGCCUAUAAAAUCAAGACAGGUGUUCCUAUUAUGGAAGGACAAAUGGCGAGUCAGAAGAGGGUCACGAGUUGAUGUGACAAGGCGAGCCCCUGCAAGAUCCCAUGGUUGGUAUAGGCCGUGGCACCACAGAAGGCGUCGAAUCCUCAAGGGCUACCUUCGGAAAAAGGCCCUUUGGAGAAAACCCGCAACCCAUUGGAUGUUCACGGUGGUAAAAUCAACCAAUGGUGUACCGUAGCUUAACUGGCGUAAGGGACUGAGAGGAGGGGUCCCACAAUGGGAAAGGCAAAAUGGUUCUCCUGAGGGAGAGCUAAGUCAACGGGCUCAGACAGAUAUGAUUGUCAACUUGAAAAUUUAAUCUCCUCGAUGUGAUGAAUGGCCCUAUUGUGUCUAUUGCGAAAGAGCUAGGGUUUGAAGGAAAUUCAUUUCUCGAGGGACUUGUAGUGAGCAUAUUUAUAGGUGGUGCAUUUAUCGGAAGUGUAGGUUCUGGUUCUCUUGUCGAUAAACUUGGUUGUCGGCGCACCUUCCAAGUUGACACAAUACCACUUAUUCUUGGGGCAAUCAUAAGCGCACAAGCCCACUCUUUGGAUGAGAUAUUAUGGGGAAGAUUUCUUGUUGGCCUUGGCAUUGGUGUGAACACCGUUCUUGUUCCUAUUUAUAUUUCAGAGGUUGCUCCAACGAAAUAUAGGGGUUCACUGGGGACCGUAUGUCAAAUUUGCACAUGCCUUGGCAUAGUUGCCUCACUCUUUCUAGGAAUACCCUCAGAAAAUGAUCCUCAUUGGUGGAGGGUGAUGCUCUAUAUUGCCAGUGUCCCUGGGUUUGCGCUAGCACUUGGUAUGCAGUUUGCUGUAGACAGCCCCCGAUGGCUAUGUAAAGCAGGGAGAUUUCAUGAGGCUAAAGAAGUAAUCCGUGAUCUCUGGGGGUCAUCUGAAGUCAACAAAGCUAUUGAUGAAUUUCAGUCAGUCAUUAGGAGUGAUGAUUUGGACAGCAGUUGGUUGGAACUCCUAGAGGAGCCACACUUUAGAGUUGCAUUCAUCGGAGGUGCCCUCUUUGUACUUCAACAGUUUGCUGGCAUAAAUGGUGUUCUGUACUUUUCAUCCUUGACGUUCCAAGAUGUAGGAAUCACAAGCAGUGCUCUAGCGAGCUUUUAUGUUGGCCUUACCAACUUAGGAGGUGCAGUCUGUGCUUUGUACUUGAUGGAUAAGCAAGGGAGACAGAGGCUGCUAAUUGGAAGUUACUUGGGAAUGGCAAUAUCCAUGUUUCUCAUAGUCUCCGCUGUCAGCCUUCCAAUAAAUGAAGAACUCAGUCAAAGUUUAUCCAUACUGGGAACUAUCUUGUACAUAUUUAGUUUUGCUAUUGGAGCUGGGCCAGUAACUGGUCUUAUUAUACCAGAGCUUAGCAGCAGCAGGACACGUGGGAAGAUCAUGGGCUUUAGCUUCUCUGUUCAUUGGGUUUGUAACUUCAUGGUCGGUCUGUUCUUCCUCGAACUAGUGGAGAGAUUUGGUGUUGCUCCAGUUUAUGCAAGCUUUGGUGGGGUUUCCUUGUUGGCAGCAACGUUUGCUUAUUAUUUUACAGUUGAAACGAAGGGGCGAUCUCUCGAAGAGAUUGAGAUGUCACUGAAUCCCAAUCUCCCAGGCAGAAAUAAGUGAUGAUAAUCUGAUUUAUUUGUUCGAGAAGCCUAAACACGACGAUAAAGAAAAACGUCAUCAUGCUCAAGCUCAGUCGCAGAAGAUGGCUCGACGCAGUUGAAACUUGGAAGGGUAAUGUUCUAUUUUAACUGUCAGCCAUUGAUUACUUAUUUUGAGGUCUCCAGGCAUACUAGAGCUAUUCCAAAGUUCUGUGCUACUAAAAAAGGAAGACGAUUUCCCAUCAUUUUGUGUUUUGCUUUGUUGGUAACAAAUGAGUCUUAUACAGUGAGCCAUUAUUUUUUUUCUUUAUACUGAUCUAUUCUUUUUCAAGAGAGUGAUGCUAACUGUAGUAGACUGCUGCCUUACUUCAUCACUGAAAGAAAAAAGUCAUUUCCUUCAAGUGGAAUAUAACAAGUACUCCAAAAGACCAUAAGGCAACAAUGGUUAAGAGGAGUUCGAGAGGAGAAUAGGAAGUCCGGAGAAAUGUCAGAAAGAACGAAAGACGAUAAAUUAGAUAAACGAAGGUUAGGACGACUUCAAUCCACUGGUCUUUUGCUAA